AUGUGUGACGAAGUGAUCUUGUCAGUCGCUCCAACUCCGUCGGUUCGUCUGUGCAGCUUCCUCUUCUGCCUUCUUGGCCCGGUUAUCCGCAACAGAAGCCUCGCCCGCUAUGGCUUCGACCCGCGGCACCAGAACUUCGCAGAACAGCUCCAGCUUCUGAACUUUUUCCGGCAUCAGCGACAGAUCCGAAUCCACAGCUGCCAGAAGCAGCCCUGCCUUCCCGACAACCUCAGCAAGUCGAACAGCAGCUCCCAACACACUCGAUGCCGACCUUGGUGGUACGCAUCCCUCUCCACUUUGUCGCUCCGCCCGAUCAUCGCGUGUGGCCUUGGCGACGUAGUAAAGCCCUAG